AAAAACGUCGAAUGGCGGCGAAAACAAGCGAAAAGUUGGUUGUCAAAAUAUUACGGCGAAUUAAUUAACGUCAAAAACCCUAGAUUGUGAAUCGUCAUAAAAGGAAGAAGCAGACGAACUCAAUUUAAAAAAAUUAAACGGCGCUCUGUGGAAAAGUGUGCACGCUAGGAAAAUUUUGUUUUUCAAAUAAAGAAUAAUAUGGCAGCUGUUGGACUACAAAUGCUGAAAAACCAACUUUCGAGGAGCCGAAAAGUAAUAUCCAAAGGAUAUUGUGGAGCGGAAUGCGGCAUAGAUUGGUUAAAUAAUUUCUGUGGCGAUUUUUAUGAGUUUGCUUCUGGUCUGCACAAGUUUAUAGCCAGCGAAGUUGAGGAAGAACUCGAUGAUAAUGAAAAUCUGGAUACUGUUUUUCUUUGUUUGGCACAAGUGUGCUUGUGUACAAAGUAUUUGGAACGUGUAAUACGCGCCGAAGAAACAGCUGGAAGAGCAAUUACGUCCUCCCGGAGACACUUUGUAGAUCGAAUAUUAUGGUGUAUGGAUAGACUAGAGAUUGCUGCUGGUAAUAUGUCAGUCCUUGGUCAUGAUAAAACAUCAGAACAGGCGAUGUCGGGGUAUGGUUUUAUGGUACUGUUGGAAAUAGCAAAAGACCUUGUGGCUGGCUUCAACACGUACAAGGAGAAUCCAGAUAUCGAUAUUGAAUAUGUAAGUGCAAUUGAAUGCAGCAAUGAAAUACAUCGUGCCGUGCGUUUUAUGGUAGGCCAUGCACUUGCUCUGGCUAACGUAGCACUAUUCGAGGAUAAAACAGCACUAAGUGCCUUAUGCCAAAAGGUGCUGCGUGAUAGCAAAGCUUUUGUAGAAGAAUGUUCCAUGAACUUUCAGCUAGCUCAGACGAACGAAUGGAAUCGUAGAUUGAAAGCUAUUGCACUGGGAGAUUCGUUGAAUCAAUUGCAUCAAUACGUUGAUGACACUAUUUUGCGACUGAUUUUCAUAUGCUUCACCGAUUUAGAAAAAUUUUCGUUAGACAAGCUUCGUGCUAAAAUGCGACAAUGUGGUAGUGAUGAUGCUGAGCUAGACGAGUUUAUAGCAGAUUUUGACGUAAACUUGGACCGCUUGGCUCAAAUAGGACUUUUUGCCGCCAAUGAAUCGCAUUGUCCGAAAUUAAAGACGUUGGUGCUUAGUUGCAUGGCCUCAUUAGAGGCACUUGACUCAUGCAUUAUACCGUCAUUGCAAACAAGAAACGGCGCAGAUAUGCAUUCUGAAAUUAUGGAGCAACAUUUCUACGAGGAGAUAACGAAAUUGAAAUCUGUUAUAUGUGAAAUUGUGGAUAUUAAACCCAUCUCCAGAUGCUUUCAUGAAAUGCUCAACAAUUGCAUUAUUCAAACCGAAAAAGAGUUCAACAAGUCCAAGCUGGACGAUAUGGUGCAAAUGGGUGAAUUUCUCUUGCAAUAUUUUCAGCAUCCUACAAACAAAAAAGACCUCCAACAAACGAAUUGUAAGCGAUUGGAGUACUUUCAAAAGCUGACCUUAAUGUUACAUGAAUGUCGUGCAAUUAUGGUAUGUGCAAAUCAGGUGGAGAAUUCGCGUAUACUGAAACGCUUUAAGAUUUUGCGUGCAGUCAUGCGCAAGUUCGUAGAUGCAAUCGAUAAGACGCAACAGGAGCUCAGCAAGAAACUCGAAACGAACAUAAUUUUGCCUACACUGCCGAUAGCUGAAACGCAUACACUAGAUUUGUAUGAAUCACAACUUUUGCUGCAGGCCAUUGAACCUAGCGUUUGUAGUAUUUUGUAUCGCAAUGAAAGCGAAAUAUUCACUCCGCGUAGGCGUGCUGUGAGUGAAUCGAUGCGUUGCAACUAUUCGAAGUGCCCGCUAACGGCACUGCAAGUUACGCAGGCUGUGGCAAAAGGGGAUUUGCUUUCAAAGUCCGGCAUUGACUGGCAGCAGAUAAGACAGAGUCGUUGUGGUAACAGUGUGCGCAGAAAGGAGAGUUUGCGCACGGUGAUGUUUAAGCGGCAAAAAGUUCGCGAUUUUUAUUUGCAAAAUUCAGCUAGCUUACAAAUUACCGAAAUUCUUGAUCAGCUAACACAGAUAUCUGAAAAUGGUUUGUCCUCAGAGAACGAGCAGCUGCUGAACUUAUCACGUAUUGAAUAACUCUCUUCGAAGAAGUUUAUCG